AUGCGUCUUUCUCUUGCAUGCAUGGCAAAUUUCAUGCUCACGACUACCUCACUCUGCGUGGCAACGCUUGCCCGUGUCGACUCCAUUCCUUCUGCACGCGCCGAUGCCCCGCUGAUCACUCUCAGGGCGCCUCUAACAACAGCCGUCAAGAGCUCCUGGCGCUCAAAAACAUUCUGUGAGGCUCAGGGGCUCGAUAAGAGCAUCAAGACGUCCGGAUAUGGAGCUGUAUGCUUGAAAAAGCCUGGCUAUGCAUACAAGGUCCCGAAAAAAGAAGAUCCGAAUGGCCUACUCGAACUCACCUCGGGCAAUUGGAAAACUCAUCACGGGGACCCGCUGAUCGCGGGAGAAUGCGAGCAUUUCCUUGAGCAGCGCAUGUUGACUGGUCUGUUGAUGGCGGACCUCGUAGAAGAUCUUGUCAAGAACAAAAAUUCAGCAUUCCCAGACAUCGCAAAAGCAGAGACUCAAAUCUGUGACGCGAUCAAGGCGAACCCAGAUGAUUGGGAGAGUGGUGUUGUGAGCUCGAUGAACGGUGACACCAACUUGGUUGGCGUUCCUGCCAACGUGAACAGGCUGAAGACCUUCUCGUCGAACGAGUGA